AUGUAUCUCCGCGGCGUCCACGCAGAAACAGCCAUCCCAGUCCUCCGACAAUUCAUCCACGAAAACCCCCUCGGCAUCCUCACAACGGCCAUCAAGACCGCAGACCACGCUUUCAUCCAAUCUAGUCACAUCCCAUUCGUGCUCGAUGUCCCUGAUGACUCCGAAGAUUCACCUGGAGUUCUGCGCGGACACAUAGCGAAGCAGAACCCGCAAGCCAAGGCUCUUAUGGAAGCACUCGCCGCGCAACAGGAAGCACAAGGCAAAGAUACAGCUCUCGAGCUUCCCGACGAAGUACUCGUUAUGUUCAACGGCCCACACCACCACUACGUCACACCCAAGUUCUACACAGAAACCAAGCCAGUUACGGGCAAGGUCGUUCCAACAUGGAACUACGCUGCCGUACAGGCAUACGGCAAAAUACGUGUGUUCUGUAAUUCCAAGUCCGAGGAGACGGGUACUUUCCUGCAGACACAGGUAGAGGAUUUGUCAAAACACGCUGAGACCUCCGAGAUGGGUUACACCGGUGCGGGAGGGAAGCCGACGGCGUGGAAGGUUGGUGAUGCGCCAACGUCGUAUGUGGAUUUAUUGAAGAAGAACAUUAUUGGCAUUGAGAUUCAGAUUGAGCGAUUGCAAGGGAAGUUUAAGAUGAGUCAGGAGAUGGGUCAAGGUGAUCGGGAGGGGGUUAUCAAGGGAUUCGGGGAGUUAGGGACUGACGUCGGUGAUGGCAUUGCGAAGAUGGUACAGGAGCGAGGGCGAUGA